AUGCAAACACCAAGGAGAUACAGUGUCGGCAAAUGCACCCUUGCUAUCGUCAUGCUGGAGACCUUCCCUCGUGGCUCACUGCCUGGCCAAGAUCCCUUGAGUCACCACGACUAUGCAGAUACGGACCUUGCGUCUUUUCAGGACCUUUGGCUCGCUGCCGAUUACAUAGAGUUAUGUUGUCUCGAAUUUCAGCACACCCCUGGUUGGGCGCUCGUUGGGGAGCGCGACUCCAUGGGUGUGUUUAUAUGGACUACCAACUCAGCUGAGGACCGAGAGGUUCCACAGGGAGCCCCCACGCUUCCGUUCUCGUCAAAUCUCACGAGAUUGCUUACUUCUGGAAACGGAUCUGGAGUUCACAUAAUCCUGGAUGACUGA